GGGGCAGUUUGUGCGGGACUCCGGAGCGGACCGGGAGGCUCUGCGGGACCUCGUCGGACCGAGUAGCCAAGGCACCGCCCGCGUCCUGCCGCCGCGUCCGGGCGACUCCUGCGCCGCCCAGGACAGCGAGCUCCAAGCGUCUUGCGGUGCAGCCGCUCCUCGGGGCCAGGAGCGGGGAAGCCGAGUGCGAGGAACCCCGGGACCCGAGCGCAGUCUCUUCCCGCCGCCCGAACCAUCAUGACCCACUUCAACAAGGGCCCUUCCUACGGGCUCUCGGCCGAGGUCAAGAACAAGAUUGCUUCCAAGUAUGAUCACCAGGCAGAAGAAGAUCUUCGCAACUGGAUAGAGGAGGUGACGGGCAUGAGCAUUGGCACCAACUUCCAGCUGGGCUUGAAGGACGGCAUAAUCCUCUGCGAGCUCAUAAACAAGCUACAGCCAGGCUCAGUGAAGAAGGUCAACGAGUCCUCGUUAAACUGGCCUCAGCUGGAGAAUAUUGGCAACUUCAUCAAAGCUAUUCAGGCUUAUGGUAUGAAGCCACAUGACAUAUUUGAAGCAAAUGAUCUUUUUGAGAAUGGAAACAUGACCCAGGUUCAGACUACGCUGGUGGCCCUAGCAGGUCUGGCUAAAACAAAAGGAUUCCAUACAACCAUCGACAUUGGAGUUAAGUAUGCAGAAAAACAAACAAGACGUUUUGAUGAAGGAAAAUUAAAAGCUGGCCAGAGUGUGAUUGGUUUGCAGAUGGGAACCAACAAGUGCGCCAGCCAAGCAGGCAUGACAGCCUAUGGGACGAGGAGGCAUCUUUACGAUCCCAAAAUGCAGACCGACAAACCUUUUGAUCAGACCACGAUCAGCCUGCAGAUGGGCACCAACAAAGGAGCCAGCCAGGCAGGGAUGUUAGCACCGGGUACCCGGAGAGACAUCUACGAUCAGAAGCUAACAUUGCAACCCGUGGACAACUCGACAAUUUCUCUACAGAUGGGCACCAACAAAGUCGCUUCCCAGAAAGGAAUGAGUGUGUAUGGGCUUGGGCGGCAAGUAUAUGAUCCCAAAUACUGUGCUGCUCCCACAGAACCCGUCAUUCACAAUGGAAGCCAAGGAACGGGAACAAAUGGGUCGGAAAUCAGUGAUAGCGAUUAUCAGGCAGAGUACCCAGAGGAGUACCGUGGCGAGUACCAGGACGACUACCCCAGGGAGUACCAGUACGGCGACCAGGGCAUCGACUACUAGGGGCGCGCAGAGGGGCUCCGUAGUUAGCCUGUUGGUUCAUUCAGUGAGAACCGAGCUAGCCUUGAGUAAUUUUUAUCUUGUCUUCCUAAAACACUAUUAUGCUAAUUGUACCUAAAAGAAAUACUGCCUUACAUACAUUCCUUUUUCCUUUUUCCGCCUCUUCCCUAAAUAGUUGCCUUUUAGUGCCAUAACCGUUAACUCUACAGCAUAACCAGUCACUCACGUAUGAAGUAAAAAGGAAUACUGUGAAAGGGGAGGACUCUUGUACAGCCAGUGCUUUUAUAAAGAUCUGUGCAUUUUUACAGCCCUCUUCUUAAGCUGGUGUUUUCACACACUAGGAAGCUAUUAUUGUUUUUCACAGUCUAGUACCUGGUUUUUACAUGGAAGACUAAACUCAUGCUUAUAGCUAAAUGUGGUCUUUGCCAACUAAAUUUAAGAUGCAUUUUAGAAGUUGACAUAUCAAUGUUUCUACAGUAUUGUUUGCUAAUUUUUAAAUAAAGUCCUGAUCAGUGUGCAUUUGUGAUUACACGUGUUCUCAUUCUCUUACCUAAGCCGACACGAUCUUUUCCGCGUGGGGUUUCGAAAGGAGCGUGUGCAGACAGGCCUGCGACGCUGAGGUCGGGCGUGCGUCUGCUCUUGCUGUUUGUGCCAAUGUAUCGGUGUAGAGUUGCUCUGUUUUCUUCCACUGUAUUUAUUGCUGCAUUUCUCAGCAUAAACUUAUCCCAUUGUAUUUUUUAUAAAUAAAUAUUUUUUUUGAACAUU